UCUCGAUAUAAACGCUUACCAUAUUUAGCAUUUGGUAUAUAUAUAUUCCUGAUUCCUCUGGGAAGAAGGAUAUUGGAAAGAUAUCAAAGCUAAGGCUAGGUAGCUAGCUAGUACUAAAAAGCUAGAUUGAUCGAUCAUCUUAAUUUCCACGGGAAAAAAAGAGGUGAUAAUGGAAUCAUCACUUGUUGAAGACAUUGUGAUUGUGGGAGCUGGAAUUGCUGGUCUCGCAACAUCCUUGGCACUUCACAGGCUGGGUGUCCCAAGUUUGGUGUUAGAAUAUUCAGAUACUUUGAGGGUCACUGGGUUUGCUUUAACAACAUGGACUAACGCUUGGAAAGCUUUGGAUGCUCUUGGCGUAGGAACCAUUCUUCGUCACCAACAUGUCCAGCUAAAAGAGAAAUUGGAGUGCAGGAAUGUGACUACAUCUUUGAUUUUAGGGCAGCAAACAUCAAGCUUGUCUUUCGAGGGCACAGGAAAACAUGGAGACUGUGAAGUUCGUUGUGUUAGAAGGCAGUUAAUGUUGGAAGCAAUUGCUAACGAGCUUCCAAGUGGCACCAUCAGGUUCUUAUCAAAGGUUGUUGCUAUUGAAGAAUCCGGCUUCUCUAAGAUUAAGAUAGUCCGUCUUGAUGAUGGAACAACCAUCAAAACCAAGGUAUUGAUUGGGUGUGAUGGAAUAAACUCCGUGGUGGCAAAGUGGUUGGGCUUCAAAGAGGCCUCUUUUACCGGGAGAUACGUAAUCAGGGGCUAUAAAAAGUUGAUGAACAAUCAUGGGCUUGAGCCCAAAUUCAUGCACUACUUUGGGAAGGGCUUUCGAUCUGGUGUAAUGCCUUGUGAUGAUAACACUGUCUAUUGGUUUCUAACUUGGACUCCCACCAGUGAAGAGAAGGAGCUAGCAAAGAACCCAUCCAAAAUGAAGCAAUUGGUGUUGAGAAAGGUUGAGAAGAUGCCAAGUGAUAUUAAAACCUUUAUAGAGAAAACAGAGACAAAAGACAUUUUAACAUCUCCAUUGAAAUAUAGACAUGAGUGGGAGCUCAUGUUGGGGAAAAUUAGCAAAGGCAACGUUUGUGUUGUUGGAGAUGCAUUUCACCCCAUGGCCCCUGACCUAGGGCAAGGUGGGUGCUGUGCCUUGGAGGAUGGGAUUAUUUUAGCCAGGCAUCUAGCCGAGGCAUUCACCAAAAAAACUGGCAAACAUGUUGCUAAAGAGAUGGGUGAAGAGGGUAAGUCUAAGGAGCAAUACAAAAAAAUUGAGGCUAGCUUGAGGAAAUAUGCUAAAGAGAGAAGAUGGAGAAAUAUUGAUAUCAGUGUUACAUCUUAUGUUCUGGGUUUUGUUCUGCAGGGUGAUUUGAAAUUGGUCUCACAUUUUAGGGACAAACUUUUCCCUGCUUUCCUAGCUGAGCUGCUGUUGAAGAAAUCAGAUUUUGAUUGUGGAAAACUUAAUUAACACGCCUAAUUGAUGUGGAAUAAUGUAAUUAACCAUGCAUGCAUGCCCUCUUGUACUUGGUGGCCUUAUAGAAUUUUCUCCACCCAUUACCAGCGACGUUUAUGUGUAUGAAUAGCGAUUUCUAAGAAUUUUAAUGCAUUGUUGUGAAAAAUUUUGUCGUCUAUAUUGUCUCUCGUGUGGUCUAUAAAAAACAAAUGUACUACUGCAGAAAAGCAUCAAGUCCUUGUUACACUUUCGUACAAGAAUAAAGAUUUGUUUCCCCACUAUA